CUGGCCUUUUCCUGUCCCCCACCCAGUGCUGGGAGCUGGGGCAGACGAAAGGCUGAACAGGAGCAGCGGGGUCGGGAGCAGACCCAGGCUGACGGAGCCAGGGCCCCCCGGGGUGCUGCUGGGACCCGAAGCAGGGGCCAUGCUAUCUGGUGAACGGAAGGAGGGCGGGAGCCCCCGCUUCGGGAAGCUGCAUCUGCCCGUGGGCCUUUGGAUCAAUUAUCCCAGGAAGCAGCUAGCCAAGCUGGGGCGGCGCUGGCCCAGCGCAGCCUCCGUCAAGUCUUCCUCUUCCGACACGGGCAACUCUUUGUCUCUUGAUAACCUCCCGCUUUCUGAGCCUGUCUCUCCCCGUGUCGUUUUCCAGUUUCAGCCGUAUUGCGCUUCCUCUCUCCCCGCAGGCUCAGGCCCCGCCUUGUGGAGGCCACAGAAGAACCGCUCCCGGGCAGCAUCCGGUGGGGCGGCCCUGGCCAGCCCCGGCCCCGGGUCGGGGUCAGGUACCCAGGCUGGGUCGGGCAAGGAGCGCUCGGAAAAUCUUUCCCUGCGGCGCAGCGUGUCGGAGCUCAGCCUGCAGGGCCGGCGCAGGCGGCAGCAGGAGCGCAGGCAGCAGGCGCUGAGCAUGGCUCCAGGGGCAGCGGAUGCCCAGAUAGUACCUACCGACCCCAGCGACUUCGACCAGCUGACCCAGUGCCUCAUCCAGGCCCCCAGCAACCGGCCCUACUUCCUGCUGCUCCAGGGCUACCAGGACGCCCAGGACUUCGUGGUCUAUGUGAUGACGCGGGUGCAGCACGUCUUCGGCCGGGCCCGGGAGCUGGAGCUGGGCCACCUGCCGCGCCUGCUAGGCCGCCUGGCCCGUCUGAUCAAGGAGUCUGUCUGGGAGAAGAUUAAGGAAAUUGGAGACCGUCAGCCAGAGAACCACCCUGAGGGGGUCCCCGAGGAGCCCCUGACCCCCGAGGCCGUGUCCGUGGAGCUGCGGCCACUCAUGCUGUGGAUGGCCAACACCACGGAACUGCUGAGCUUCGUGCAGGAGAAGGUGCUGGAGAUGGAGAAGGAGGCUGACCAGGAGGACCCACAGCUCUGCAAUGACCUGGAGUUAUGUGACGAGGCCAUGGCCCUCCUGGACGAAGUCAUCAUGUGUACCUUCCAGCAGUCUGUCUACUACCUCACCAAGACUCUGUAUUCCACGCUGCCAGCUCUCCUGGACAGUAACCCCUUCACAGGUGGGGCAGAGCUUCCGGGCCCUGGCGCAGAGCUGGAGGCCAUGCCUCCGGGUUUGAGACCGACGCUGGGCGUGUUCCAGGCGGCUCUGGAACUGACCAGCCAGUGCGAGCUGCACCCAGACCUGGUGUCUCAGACUUUCGGCUACUUGUUCUUCUUCUCCAACGCAUCCCUUCUCAACUCACUGAUGGAGCGAGGUCAAGGCCGACCUUUCUAUCAGUGGUCUCGAGCUGUCCAAAUCCGGACCAACCUGGACCUUGUCUUGGACUGGCUGCAGGGGGCUGGCCUGGGAGACAUUGCCAUGGAGUUCUUCCGGAAGCUCUCCAUGGCUGUGAACUUGCUCUGUGUGCCUCGCACCUCCCUGCUCAAGGCUUCAUGGAACAGUCUACGAACCGACCACCCGACGCUGACCCCUGCUCAGCUCCACCAUCUGCUCAGCCACUACCAGCUGGGCCCUGGCCGCGGGCCCCCGCCUGCUUGGGAGCCUCUCCCUGCAGACCGGGAUGCUGUGGACACAGGGGACAUCUUCGAAAGCUUCUCCUCCCAUCCGCCCCUCAUCCUGCCCUUGGGCAGCUCGCGCCUGCGCCUCACCGGGCCGGUGACGGACGACGCCUUGCACCGUGAACUGCGCAGACUCCGCCGCCUCCUCUGGGACCUGGAGCAGCAGGAACUGCCGGCCAAUCACCGCCACGGACCUCCUGUGGCCACGCCCCCUUGAAAACCAAUAGCAAACGAGCGCGCGAGCCUUGAAAAGUCUUGGGCUGCGACUCACUGGAGCCCUCCUGAGCGCAGAACUUCCUGGGAGUUGUAGUUCCUUUCCCGCUUGGAAUGCUGGGAGUUUGAGUUAUUGGGUCGUAGCGGCUGGGACGGUGGGUCGAUGGGUGUGGGAUUGGAGUGCGAGGGGCAAUAAAGGCAUCUGUGGUAUUGA